AGAGAGUCGUACCCCCUUCAGUACUUCAGACGCUCAGCCGCUCAGCACGAGGGCACCGGAAUACCAAGAAUACCCCUGGCCCCAUGUCUCUUUCUCUCUCUCUCUCUGCCCGUUACGUCUUGUACAUUCAAUUCCCUCGCCCUUGCAUGAGACGCCAUUCCUGAAGAAGCUGUCUGUCUCUCUAUCGGAGGAAGCAAGCAAUCGGUUGGCGGAGGUUGUGGAGGGAGGCGAGAGAAUGGCGUCGGACUCUGACCUGGUGGCCCGGCUCCGGGAAAUCCUCCGGGACUCGGACCUCGACAAGGCCACGGCCGGCAGCGUCCGCCGGCAGCUGGAGGAGGACUUCGGCGUCGAUUUGUCCGACCGGAAGGCGUUCAUCAGGGAGCAAAUCGACAUUUACCUCCAAAACCUAGGGGGAGCUGAGGAUGCGGACGGAGACGACGGGAAUGUGAAGGCUGAGGACGAGGAAGCCGACGCCGCCGAGGUGGAGGUGGGGGAGGAAGCAGAAGACGAGGAGAAUGAGGAGGAUGAGGAGGAGAACGAAGGAAAGGGGAGCAGGAAACGGCGUAAAAAGUCAGGUAAAGAAAUCAAGAGAAGAGGUGGCUUUAACAAGCUAUGUAGCCUCUCCCAGCAGCUUCAGAGCUUUGUCGGGGUUCCUACAUUGGCCAGAACUGAGGUUGUGAAGAAAACCUGGAGCUACAUUAGGGAGAAAAAUCUUCAAGAUCCGAAGGAUAAACGUAAAAUAAUAUGUGAUGAAGUUUUGCGUGGGCUUUUUCGUGUUAAUUCCAUAAACAUGUUUCAGAUGAACAAAGCGCUGGCCAGGCAUAUUAUGCCAUUAAAUCCUGAGGAUGAAACUGUACACCCAAAGGUUGAAAAUGAGGACACUGAUUCUCCGUCAGCAGAAGAAGCCAACAGUUCAGCCAAAGAAUUAGAAGAGGAAGAAGGCGAAGAAGAUGAGGAAAGGGUAGAAGAAGAGAUGAAUGGACGAGGAAGGAAGAAAAGACGGUCUUCCAAGGGGGACAAAGCUGUUAAGAAAAAAGGAGGUGGCUUUACUAAAGUAUGUGCACUCUCUCCACAAUUACAGGUCUUCACAGGGGUGCCACAUAUGGCCAGAACAGAAGUUGUGAAAAAACUUUGGAGCUACAUCCGAGAGAACAGCUUGCAAAAUCCAAAAAACAAGCGAACUAUAAUAUGUGAUGAUACACUUCGUGCUCUUUUCUCUGUUGAUUCCAUCGACAUGUUUCAGAUGAACAAAGCCUUAUCCAAGCACAUAUGGCCACUGAAUGACGAAGGGGCAAGUGUAUGUCGGAAGAUGGAGACUGAAGAGGCUGCUGGUUCUUCGUCUGCGGAAGAAACCAGCAAUGCGGCCAGAGAAGUAGAAGAGGAAGGUGAAGAAGAAGAUGGAGGGGAAGAACAAGAGACCAGCAAACGAGGAGGCAGGAGAAAAAGGGCCACUAAAGAGGAUAAAGGAGUCAAGAAAAGAGGGGGUGGGUUUGCUAAAGUAUGCAGCCUCUCUGAGCAACUUCAAGCGUUCACGGGGGUGUCCGAAUUAGCCAGAACAGAGGUUGUGAAGAAGCUUUGGAGCUAUAUCCGGGAGAACAACUUGCAAGACCCGAACAAUAAGAGAACCAUAAUAUGUGAUGAUCCCCUCCGUGCUCUUUUCAAAGUUGAUUCUAUUGACAUGUUUCAAAUGAAUAAAGCACUAUCGAAGCACAUAUGGCCCCUGAAUGAGGAAGAGGCUUCAAACAAUCUUUCUCGCGCGGGAACGACUUGCAAACGAGCCAGAGAUGAAGAUGGAGGGAACGAGGAAGAUAACUCGCAGAAAGGAUGUUCCAGUUCCUUCUCAAGCUGACGUCUGGAACAGAUCAGCUGAUGCACAAGUAGAUGAUUGCAGAACUGUGGCACCUUCAUUUUGUCUGACAAAGUUCCUCUGCUUCUUCAAAAGGGAUCCAUUGGGUAAACAAGGGAUCAUACAUCACGUCAUGGCAAGCGGAAAGAGCUCUUUGGCAACAAUCUGUGAAUUUGCUUCUAUGAGAAGGUUUUCUCAACUUUUUCAAUUAGGACAGAACAUAAGUAGCUUCAGAAGUAUAUAGUCUCUUUGGGCCCCUGAUUUUUUUGUUUUUGGCCAAAUUUUGCUGGAGAUAUCAAUGUCAUGUAAGCAAGUACUUUGUUUCUUUGACAAGUUUGAAUCGUAAUAUAUAACGUUUCGUUCUGUUCUCGAACCUCAA